AUGUGCUGCGAAAGGCAUGUGCAUCAGGUCCUUCUGAUUCUUGUUGAACUUUCAGCUAUGCUUGAAAUUAAGCAGCAUCUUCAAUUUACAGGAAAUAGGACUCUUCCAUUAUCGAAAAAAACAGGAAACAGGAUGGACAGAGUUUUAGCUACUAUACUGCCUAUAGUCGUUAUGUUGCUGGCUAUUGUAAUAGUUUGCUAUUUUCUCUGGAGGAUGAAGAGGAAACCUGCAGGAACGCUAUCACUGAUUGAUUCAACAAAUCCAGAAGACAUACGAAGUAUCAAUUCGCUCAUUAUUGAUCUACCAACUCUACGAGCCACAACAGAAAACUUUGAUGAAGGAAAAAAACUUGGCGAAGGAGGAUUCGGUGCAGUUUACAAGGGGAUCCUCCCUAAUGGUCGAGAAAUAGCAGUGAAAAGGCUUUCCCAGAGUUCUCGGCAAGGAAUAAAGGAAUUGGAAACUGAGCUUGUCUUGGUUGCCAAGCUUCAACACAAGAGUUUGAUCAGGCUCGUUGGCGUUUGCUUGGAAGAACAUGAGAAAUUACUUGUGUAUGAAUACAUGCCGAACAAAAGCCUUGACACCUUUCUUUUUGGUACUGUAAUUCAUCAUCAUUUAGCAACACUGAAACAAGUUUGGGAACACUGGACGAUGGGAACAACUGUGGAGAUCAUGGAUCCAUCCUUGUGCAGCCAUAAUCCUAGUGUAGACCAGAUGCUGAGGUGCAUCCAUAUCGGGCUUCUAUGUGUUCAACACAACCCCGUGGAUAGGCCCCUGAUGUCAACUGUGAAUGUCAUGCUUAGGAGCAGCACUAUGCCAAGCCAAGCUCCAUCCAGGCCUGCAUUUUGCUUCCUAAAGAGUGGCGUCAACUCUGAAGUGUACCAUGGACGAGGAAUUGCUCAGUCCACAAGCAGACCGGCUGUGUCAGAGAACGAAGUUACUAUUACUGAAAUUGAGGCAAGAUAA